GGGUGCGGCUCCGCAGUCCCCGCCCCGCCCGCCCGUCACGCUCGGGGGCGGAGGCUCCGGGUGACGCGCCUCCUCCGUGCCCUUCAGCCGCCGCCGCAGUUCCCGGCGCCACAUGGACCCGGCCCGCCCGAGCGCGCCCCGCCGCUGACGCCGCCAGCCCGCACCGCGCCAGCCCGCACCCCGGGCCGGAGAGGCCCAGGACUCGUUGGCCACACUUGAUUGUGAGUUGGGACCCCGGAGGUCCGCUGAGGAAGCGACGCCGGUGCCAUGGAGUUCGUGAUGAAGCAGGCCCUGGGAGGGGCCACCAAGGACAUGGGCAAGAUGCUGGGGGGCGACGAGGAGAAGGACCCUGACGCGGCCAAGAAGGAGGAGGAGCGCCAGGAGGCGCUGCGGCAGGAGGAGGAGGAGCGCAAGGCCAAGUACGCCAAGAUGGAGGCGGAGCGCGAGGCCAUGCGGCAGGGCAUCCGGGACAAGUACGGCAUCAAGAAGAAGGAGGAGCGCGAGGCCGAGGCCCAGGCUGCCAUGGAGGCCAACGCGGAGGGCAGCCUGACGCGGCCCAAGAAGGCCAUCCCGCCGGGCUGCGGGGACGAGCCCGAGGAGGACGACGAGAGCAUCCUGGACACGGUCAUCAAGUACCUGCCUGGGCCGCUGCAGGACAUGUUCAAGAAGUAACGGCGCCCGCCCCCGCCCCCGCCCCCGCCCCCCCAGGCCCCCGGGACCGGGAGCAGAGUGCAGCCCCAGCGCCCACAUAAGCCAUAGUCCCAGGUCCCCGCCCCCUCGCCUCGGGAGCCUCCGCCCCUCCCGCCCGCCAUCGCCGCCACCGG